GUACAGGUCGGAGUCAGAAUGAUAGCGCACCUGUCUAAAGCGAGCUGUUUUCCUUUCGAGCACUAGGUUUUAUUUUGCUUCUUCUGCGGCGUUUGCCUCCCCCUACACCCCUUCCCCCUCCAAAAAAAAGAUUUUGCUUUAAUUUGUCAUCAAGUGUUGGCUGUGAUUGGAGCAAACCCGAGAGGAGACAAGCAAGCAGCAGGAGUGAUUUUGCGUGCAUCCUCGGAGUUGCUGCCUGCCUCGGAGACUCCCACUCCCAGUGGCUUGCCAUUUGACUGAGGGGCUAAGAGGGGUCAGUGGGAGCAUGCCAAUUGGUGGCGGGGGAAUGUGAGCACUGAACGCCGGAUCUCUCAGGGAGAGCCAAUGUUACCUCAAGCCGGAGUGGAUGGACCCGUGAAUCUCGGAGCAGGAGGAAAGGGAAGCCGUUCCUCUCCAUGUAGCCCCAGUCGAUUUGAAUAAGGAUACAUUAUGGAGCUGGAGUGAGGACACAAGAGCUUUCUGCAUGCAUGGAUGUGUUUAGCUUUGUGAAGAUCGCAAAGCUGUCAAGCCACAGAGCAAAGUCUUCAGGCUGGUUACCUUCUCCAACGAACUGGAACUGUUCUCAGGGGCUUCCCUAUGGAUGGGAGAUGGCGACUACUAAGGAUGGCAGAGAUUGCUACAUCAACCAUGUGACUCAGUCGACAAGCUUCGAAGACCCUCGACUUGAGGGAAGCCAAGUCGUCCAGCCAGCUUCUCGCAAGAUAGAGAUGAAACGAGAUCCAGUGCUAGGGUUUGGGUUUGUCGCAGGCAGUGAGAAGCCUGUUGUGGUGCGGUCUGUUACGCCAGGGGGGCCCUCUGAAGGGAAGCUGAUACCUGGAGACCAGAUCAUAAAGAUUAAUGAUGAGCCUGUCAGCACAGCUCCCAGAGAGAGAGUCAUUGACCUUGUAAGGAGCUGCAAGGAAUCAAUCAUUUUGACAGUUGUUCAACCAUACCCUUCUCCCAAGUCAGCCUUUAUGAGUGCAGCCAAGAAGGCCAGGUUGAAGUCCAAUCCUGUAAAAGUUCGCUUCUCCGAGGAAGUCAUUAUAAAUGGUCAGGUCCCGGACGCUGUCAAAGAUAAUUCCCUUCUGUUCAUGCCGAAUGUAUUAAAGGUUUACCUUGAAAAUGGACAAACUAAGUCUUUCCGAUUUGACAACAGUACAACAAUGAAGGAUGUGAUCCUGACCCUUCAAGAGAAACUCUCCAUCAAAUGUAUUGAACAUUUCUCUCUGAUGCUUGAGCAGCGCACUGAAGGAGAAGCAACCAAACUCCUCUUGCUUCAUGACCAGGAGACACUUACUCAGGUGACACAGAGACCGGGCUCCCACAAGAUGAAGUGUCUUUUCCGAAUCAGCUUUGUCCCAAAGGAUCCUAUUGAUUUAUUGCGGAGAGAUGCAGUUGCUUUUGAGUAUUUGUAUGUCCAGAGUUGCAAUGAUGUGGUGCAGGAACGAUUUGGACCUGAGCUGAAGUAUGACGUGGCUCUCCGACUUGCUGCAUUACAGAUGUAUAUUUUAACUAUCAGUACUAAACAAUCACAGAAAGUCUCUCUGAAGUACAUUGAGAAAGAAUGGGGCCUUGAAACCUUCCUUCCCCCUAUGGUCUUACAGAGCAUGAAGGAAAAGAAUGUGAAGAAAGCACUUUCCCACAUCCUGAAAGCAAACCAAAACCUUGUUCCUCCAGGCAAAAAGCUCUCUGCACUCCAAGCCAAGGUGCACUAUUUAAAGUUUCUCAGUGACUUGCGUUUGUAUGGAGGCAGAGUCUUUAAAGCAAUGCUAGUGCAAGGGGAGAAACACUCUGAAGUCACUUUAUUGGUGGGACCAAGAUAUGGAAUAAGCCAUGUUAUCAAUGCAAAAACACACCUUGUGGCAUUACUGGCUGAUUUCAGCCAUGUCAAUAAGAUUGAGAUGUUCUCGGAAGAAGAAAGCAAUGUUAGAGUUGAACUAAAUGUGUUGGAUGUUAAGCCCAUCAUAUUAUUAAUGGAGUCAACAGAUGCAAUGAACCUUGCUUGCUUGACUGCUGGAUACUACAGGUUGUUGGUGGAUUCAAGACGCUCCAUAUUUAACAUGGCACAUGGCAAAUGCACUGUGAAUAAUGAAGCAGGUAGCAUCAUUACAUGCCCAGAAUACAAGACCAAACAUAAUAUGCACAGCUUAGAAUGGAACUAUUUACCGAAAAGUUCAUGCCACAUCAGGGCUAAAAAAGAAGAUACUCAUCCAUCAUCCAUUAGAGAAUCAAAGCAGCAAAACAUAGAUUUCACAAAUGAUUCAAUUUAUCAUGAAGAUUCCAGAGGGGGGUUAAUAACGGAGAUUACAGAUGUUCAUGAUCAUAGUCAUCUAGGGGCUGAAUAUAUAAAUACUAUGGAAGCUGAAAACAAAGCUUUCAGCAUGUUGUCGUCUGGGAAAGAACCUGCAAAGACAGUGCAAGAAUCUCCAAGGGGAGCAAAAGUAUCCUUUGUCUUCGAGGAUCACAAUGUAGCUGCCUUUAAUCCAAGACACCUUGGUUAUGAAAGAUUGCUGGAUGAUAGCCCAAGCAAUUUAGACCAACAAGCAUCUAUGUACUUGACCAGUGUAAGUGACAUUAAAUGCUCAGAGUACUCGUUCCCUGGGAUCGAUGUGGACAACAUUGAUACAAAUGCUGUUUAUGCAAACAUCAACGAUAGCAGAAUAUUUGCAAGUGCAGAAAACAUCGAAGAGCCGUUACUACAUGACAUAUGUUAUUCAGAGACGACAGAUGAUGCCGAGGAUGAAGAUGAGGCCAGCUGUGAGGAAGAUAUCCCACUUGGUGAGGCAGACAAAACUGACAUUCUCAAUAUUUCUGGAUCCAGCGAUGAUAUAAUUGACUUAACAUCACUUCCUCCACCUGGAGGUGAUGACGACGAUGAAGACGAUUUUCUCCUUCAUACACUGAAUAUAGCAAUAGCUGCCCCUCCACCAGGUUUCAGAGACAACAGCUCUGAUGAAGAAGAUGGUCAGCAUCAACCAGUGCAGAGUCCGCAAGAGACCACCCAAAACAAAUGCUCUCCAAGUGAUGACAUCCCAGUGUCGCUCAUAGAUGCUAUUCCUACACAGGCCGAAGACCAGAGUGGUGAGCAAGCAUUAGAUGAUGCAGUGGUAUCCACUUUGCAAGCCCUGGAGGCGCUGGCAGCGUCUGAGGAGCAGUCCAUUCAGCAAACAGAUGACAGUUCAGGUGUAGUGAUAUUAAGAGCUUAUAGUCCUGAGUCGUCAUCGGAUUCUGGCAAUGAAACAAACUCCUCUGAAAUGACUGAAAGCUCUGAGGUAGCCUCAGCACAGAAGCAUUCUGAGAGUUCCAUGCAUAUGCUUGUGGCUACCAGCGAAGGCUAUCAACAACUUCAAGAAGAGCAAACUGAAUUCCCAAUCUCUCAGAAUGAGAAUAUAGGGCCCACUUCUAAAAUGAUUCCAAAAGCUACACAUUCCAUGGCUGUCCACCGGGGUAGUAACGCAAAGUCGAAAGCUGUGCCGUCGAAGCAGAUACUUCCUUCGGAGGAAAUUGAGAUGGAGCCAGAGACAAUGGAGACAAAGUCUGUCACCGACUACUUCAGCAAACUGCAGAUGGGAUCGCUGAUGUAUUCUUGCUCAAGUAAGCAAAAAAACAAGGCAGGUGAUACUAGUGUCAAGAUAGCACUUGAUGGUACUGUAUCAGUGAAAAGGCAACAUGCAAACAGAAAGACAGAACUGGGCGAUGACUUGUCAUCCAACGGCAAAUACAACACAUUGAUUACCAAGAACAGUCACGGCACAGCUACUUUUGACUUAGAAAGCACUACUUUCCGUAGAGAGUCACAAAGUUGGUUUCAAGUUUCAGGAGAAAAGAUGACUGAUCAGCAUUUCCCAGGGUUAAUUAACGGCAAAGGUUUUCACAAACCGUGCAUACUUUCUGGAACUGAACAUGAAGGGAAAGAAGCAGAUACUGAAAUAGAUGAUCGUUGCUCCUUGGCCAGCACUUCAGGGCUUGGACGUGAUGAAAGCUUUCUUUCUGAUACCACUUACAUGUCUUCAACUAAACACCUGACUGAUUCAGAAGAUACGGAGCUGUUCCCUGAUGAUCAAUCAUCAGAGCUCCCGGAGGCUGAACAGAGCGUGACCAGACUUUGUGAAUACCAUAUGACAAAAAGAAUGUCCUCUUUACAAAGUGAGGGUCAUUACUCUUUGCAGAGUUCCCAGUGUUCUUCAGUAGAUGCAGCCUGCAGUACAGGCAGUAGUACGUGUGCCACCCCUGUGGACUCCCCCCUCUGUACAAGUGAUAUUAAGCACAUAUUAUCGGAAUCUUCUUUAAAAGGUCUUGGCUACAUUUCUGAAGAUCAACGAACACUUUUGCUUCAAAGCCAUGGAACAUCAUAUAAAGAUCUACAUCCCCAAGCUGAAGCCCUGUGUCAUAGGAGAACAGCCCAUAACACGCAUGCGCCUUCAAAUGCUGAACCAUUAUUUGGUACCAUACGUGAUGGGUGCCACCGAGUACCCAAGAUUAAAGAAACCACAGCUUGCACACAGCCUGAGCAACGAGGAAGAGGAGGUGCAACUUCAGCAUUCACUAAUCAAUUCAAAGCCGACAACAUUACUCUGCCAUCAAACAUUUGCAGUGAUACAAAGGUGCCAAGUACCUGCCGAGAGUCACCUGAUCUUUCCAAAGUAGAACAAGCGCAUGCAACACCACUUAAUAAAACCUGUGAAGUUGGCAGAGGAAGCCUUAAAAUUCCUCCCCGAAGGAAGGUGUUGAGGCGUUGCAGCAGCAGUGUUAUACCAGGAAUGGGAAAUGUAGAAACCCUAGUAGAAAAAUCAAAGACUUUCAUAGGAUUCCAGUAUUCUGAUCUCCCUGAAAUACCUGAUCCUCAUCCUGUACAGAAAAGAGUUGAACUUCCUCUGGGCGAGAGAUUAUCCAAGAACCCCACGCAACGAUCAGUGACAAUUAAAUCAUCAUGCUGCUCCAUUACUGCUGACGGGAAGGAUAGUCGGAGAUCAACGGAGAUGCUUUCGGUGCAAAAGGAUCUCCGACACAUCAAGCCAUUGCCUUUUCCAAAAGUAGAGAUGAGCAACUGGAAGUGUCGUGGUCCUUUUACCUAUUGUUUCCUCAAUAAAGACAAUGAUGCUGAAGAUGAUGACGACGACGGUUAUGGCAGUAAGGGACAGUUGUCUUGCGUGGUCCAAAAUCAUCUCUUCUCCAGUCCACCUCAAGUACUCGGUACAUCCUCCAGCUCUGCAAAUGCCAUGAAAGCUGUCGGACUGACCAUGGAGCCUUGCCGAGUAACUGGCGACAGCAACGACAAAGAGGAGGAACAGAUUAACACUAAUGACAUAGCAUUUGCUGGCAGAAUGGCCAGAAUUAAUGCUCUCAAGGAUAAGGUGUAUGCACUGCCAGGUGGAUUUCUUGCAGCACAGAGAGAUGCCAGCGAACUCCUUUCGCUUUUACAGGCGAGCGUUGGUAAUAAAGAACACAUUAAAUCAGACCUCCGUCAACUCCGAUUUAGCCAGUAUAAACAGCUGUUGUCAGUUGAAUCGAGGGAGUUGGGAAGUGCUUGCAGGAAAGUGGCUGCUGCCGAAAAAAGCCCAGAGGAAAUGCUCUUAGCCAUGACAUCCAGCUUCCAAGUACUGUGUUGCUUAACAGAAGCCUGCAUGCGAUUAGUUAAAGUAAUGAAUUCUGAAACACAGCAACAGGAAAUUGUUGCUAAGGUAGACGAGGUUGUAAUGAACUAUAUUUGUCUGCUGAGAGCUGCUGAAGCAGUAUCUGGAGCAACCCCCAUUGACCCUAAUGUUAAGGUUUUAGCACGACAUUCAAUUACCAUGACGGCUAUUGUAAGCACACUAACCCGUUCACUUAAAACGCUUUUAAGUAAAUAAGAUGCAAAUUGUACUUUAAACUGUACCCUUGUAAAGCCAUACAUAGAGUUUACUGUAAGUGUGGGGCCACCACACGGACUGCUAUAAAGGAAACUUGGUUUUGUGUACAUUAUGUUUUAUAUGAGGAGGCUGUGAAAUAUCCAUAUGUUAUACAGCUCAAUCUGCUAGAACUGUAAUGUAAUUGAAACUCCCUUUCUGAUGACAAGGAAGUAUAGAAAGCAAUGGUAUAAAAAUUAGUUAUUUUUCAUAUGGAACCCGUGCUCCAGAAUGAUUGAGUGGCCUGACCAAGAGUGUCAAGAUCCCCUAGUACUAUAACUGCCAUC